CGGGACUUCAACUAUGAAGUGUCAGCAUGUCAUCCACGGAGCUACCCAUCAAAGGAAAGGCUGCCUCUAGAGCAAGGGGAAGAUACACCACCAAAGCUUGUGAGGAAUGUCGUCAACGGAAAGCGAAGUGUGAUGGGAAGAAACCUCGCUGUUCGAGAUGUGCUCAGUACAAUGCCCAUUGUCAGUACUCUGGCACGGAAGAUGGGCGUCGGCCCGCUCCCAAGUCCUAUGUGCUCCUGUUGCGUCAGCGCAUCGCAUCACUGGAGAAGUUACUGGAAAUCCAUGGUAUCGAUCCUAGGACAGACCAUGAUGUCUCCGCCACCCGUGAGUCGGGAGCCGUUCACACUGGCGAGGAUCCGCAGAUAUUUAGCAUGAGCCCAUCGGUAGAUGAGCUAUGCCAAUAUCUCAAAGGUCGCUUGUCCCUCGAUGAAACCAUGAACUUUGACCAGGAUGGGGAGAUGAGGUACUUUGGACCAACCAGCGGACGACUCCAGUUCAAAUCCCCGGAGCCUGGCGAGGAAGAUAGACAGGAAAACGCUUAUGCCGUUCCUGAAGUAGAACCCGUCCUGCAAAGUAUCGAUGAGUUCCUGAAUAUUCGCAUUGCAGACCCCACGAUCGAGGAAUCCGGGAUCUCCAAAGCACUCCAGGACGAGCUAGUCGAUCUUUACUUCGCCUGGGAGCAACCUUGGUAUCCUCUUGUGGAUGAGACGCUCUUUCGUGAAAGUCUAGAGACACGGGGCCCGUAUUGGAGUCUUCUCCUCCAUUACUCUUUACUUGCAGUUGGAGCCCGGUAUUCAGAUAGCCCGGAGGUUCGGAGUGAUCCUAGUGACUCCAAUACCGCCGGACAGCCUUUUUUGGAAAGGGCAAAAACGCUGCUCCAUCAGGAGAUGGAGCAUCCAAACCUUCUGACUAUCCAGGCUCUGGGAAACAUUGGCUUGUAUUACAUCGCUGUGGGUUCAGACGCAGCUGGAUGGUUGCAUCAUGGGAUGGCCAACCGACUGAGCCUUGAUAUUGGGCUGAAUAUGGAUCCCGCGGGCUUUAAAGGAACGACAACAAUGACUCCGCGUGAACUCCGACUUAGACGGCAAGUCUAUUGGGCAUUGUACUGUCAUGACAAGCUGUUCGCCACAUACACAGGGCGGGUCUGCUCGAUGCUCGAUCAACAAGCAGCGGUUGACUUACCGGCAGCAAUCGAAGAGGACCAGCAUGCCACUAGCCACACGCCCGAGAACAUCCAAAAGAUUUUAAUCCCUUUGCAAAGAGCCAUGAUAGCUCUGUGUCGCAUAAAGGAAAGAAUAUUAUCCUCACUAUGGGGUCCGAGACACCUCACGAAACCCCACGAGCGAUUCAACCUUCUGCGCACUUGCCUCCUCGACCUACGAACGUGGUUCUAUGACCUGCCCCAGGAGCUCCGAAUCGACCGCGCGAACGAUGUCCCCCACGUCUAUACAUUACAUAUGAUCUACCAUACCGCACGAAUCCUCCUCACUCGGCCUUUCCUGGCUCACUCACUCGAACAUAAACGCGCAGAGGGAUCAAGCGAAUCGAUGGCUGUAGCCAAGUCGGUCCGGCGCGAGUCCGCCAAGGGGAUAUGUGCUACCGGUCAGAAAUACCGCCGUGUCUUCCAGAGUUUUCAUCGCAGUCCAAUGUCUGCCAUGCAUUCCACGCUGUGCGCCGCUGUGGCCCUUCUCGAAGACCAGGAGAGUCCGUCUAAUGCGCACUACUUAGCGUGUUGCAUCACUGUGCUGGAUGAGUUAUCGACGUCGUGGCAUCCGGCUCUUUUCAUUGGAAAUAACCUACGACGGCUAUGUCCAUCGAUAUCCUCACAGGUAACGUCCCGGUCGGGCGGGAGCUCGGAGAAUAGUUUCGAGACGCAAGACCUCGUCGUCGAAUCGGAUUUGGCAGAGGUUCCUACCUAUGAAGGUGGCAGCGAUUGGCAAGCAGGCGGUGGGGGAGGUCUGGCCCCGUGGAGUCAUUUGCCUGGUGAUUACGGACUCUUCGAACUACUCAAUCAUACGACCUGGGACCGACCGUGGUAGUCUUCCUCAGGCGUAAGAUCACUAGGAAUCUAGACAGUUGGAGAUUUCACUUUCCGUACCAUUUUCUACGUAUACU